AAGGUACCGUAUGGAUGCGGAUCGGUACACAUUUUGGCGUCGAAUCCCGAGAGAUCUUGGGCUUCUCGAAUAUUCCUCUACUGUGUAAGACGAUCUGAACGGACUUUUGUUUAUCGAGUCGAUCUGUUUUUGCUUUUUCCCUCUCAUUCGUUCCCCAGCAGCGGUGGAACCCACGUCCGAAGCUCGCCGAAGGUCGCAGCUCGUCACUCGUCACACUGCCCCUCCCCCGCCAAACUCCACUCCUACAGAACCCUUCCCCAACGACAACUUGCAAUUCUUUGCUCAAUCUUCAUUUGAUACCCUUUGCUGAAUCUACAACAUCUACACUCCGUAUAACCUUUCUAUCCGUCAAAAUGGGUCGCCAAUUCUUUGUCGGUGGUAACUUCAAGAUGAACGGCACGAUCAAGUCCAUCAAGGACAUCGUCGAGAACCUGAACAAGGCAGAUCUGGAUCCCAACACCGAGGUCGUUAUUGCGCCUCCUGCCCUCUACCUCCUCCUUGUCCGCGAGCACCUCCCCAAGGGCAUCGAAGUUGCUGCACAGAACGUUUUCGAUAGGCCCAAUGGCGCUUUCACCGGCGAGAUUUCGGUAGAACAGCUGAAGGACAGCGGGAUUACCUGGACGAUUUUGGGACACUCCGAGAGGAGAGUUAUCCUCCAGGAGGACGACCAGUUCGUCGCCAGCAAAACCAAGGCAGCGAUUGACGGUGGACUGGGCGUCAUCCUGUGCUGCGGUGAGAGCUUGGAGCAGCGCGAGGCUGGCAAGACCAUUGAGGUGGUAACAAGACAGCUCAAGGCUGUCGCUGACAAGGUCAAGGACUGGUCAAAGAUUGUCAUUGCCUAUGAGCCCAUCUGGGCCAUUGGCACCGGCAAGGUCGCUACGACCGAGCAGGCACAGGAAGUCCACGCCGCCAUCCGCGCGUGGCUCAAGGCCGAGGUCUCUUCGGAGGCAGCCGAGAAGACCAGGAUCCUGUACGGGGGCAGUGUGACCGAGAAGAACUGCGGCGAUCUGGCCAAGCAGCCCGAUAUUGACGGCUUCCUUGUUGGCGGUGCUAGCUUGAAGCCGGCGUUCGUUGACAUCAUCAACGCCAGGAGGACGUGAAUACAUGGCCGCUUAUGAUCAAUCGACUCUUUUGAGAUAGUAAACGACGCAAUCGUUUUUUUAAGGGCAACACGGAUAUUUCCAUGGCGAGCAUCUUUAAAACAGCUUGGGCUAUGUGGCAAAAUCUUUGAUAGAUAUUUGGAUGCCAACUUAUACGCCCUUGACCCAACCUAAACC